AAUCCUGAUUUGUCUUUGCGAAAUAUUGAAGAUUUUUAUAGAUUUUGGCAUUCGCAAAAGGUUCACCGAUACAAAAUAGUUAUUGGCAUUGCUGCUUACGGUCGUUCUUGGAAAAUGAACAAAAACUCGAAUAGCAAUGGUGUGCCCCCAGUUUACUUUACCGAUGGUCCUGCUGCCGCUGGUCCUCAUACAUAUACUCCCGGUUUUCUAUCAUAUCCUGAGAUAUGUGAAAAAAUACGUGAUUCUAAGUAAAAAGUAACUGUUCUCAAAGUAAAAUCUGUUUACGCUUUUCGUCCAGCCAAUAAAAGUAAAGGUAAUUUUGGUAUUUGGAUUAGUUACGAGAACUUUAAGACGGCUGGAGUGAAGGCAGAUUUUAUUCGACAUCAUAAUUUAGGUGGUAUGGGCUUAAUCGAUUUGAGUUUAGAUGAUAUACAUGGUGAGUGAAGAGGUGAAAAAUUUACCAUUAGAUAUAGAUUGACUAGAACAUUAUCUUAA